AUGGGAUCCUCGACGACCCGAACCCGAUUUGUUUGGCGUCUUAGAUCUUUUCAUGGACCGUUGCGUCCUAUUUCCUGUCGUCGAUUUUAUUCAAGAGAUGUAGUCCAGGAGAACGACAUUGUCGCACUAAAGUCCACUGCAAAUGCUACCGCCGAAAUUAUCCUUACACGACCACUACAACCCGGGAACACCGUAAGUUAUAAAAAGUUGAAAAACCUCAUCCGCCACGAAUCUCUCAUAGGUAAACAUAUUCGCCAGGUUGUUCGAGCUCGGAAUGGCAAUCAAUAUACCAUAUUUCGACCAACAUUAGGCGAAUACACAGACAACUCUCCUCGACUCGUUACUCCAAUUUAUUCUCAAGACGCCAAUCUAAUAGUCUCUCUACUAGAUCUGCAUCCUACUGUCCCAGGUGUCCCCAGCAAAAGGUUAGAAAUCUUCGAGGCUGGAACAGGCCACGGUGCUUUAACUCUUUGUCUUGCCAGGGCUGUUCACGCCGCCAAUAGUGCACCGCCAGAAAUACCUGCUGGCAUCUCAGCCAACACUGCUCAAGAACCCGUGAAUGAAGCAUAUGAAAAAUGGCGCUCACAGCGACGAGCAAUAAUACACAGCCUUGAUAUAGACGAGAAACGUUCUCGUCAUGCAGCUGCGAAUAUAAAAAAUUUCAGAAAUGGAAUGUACUUCCCAAAUAUCGAUUUUCAUGUUGGCUCGAUAGUAGAUAUUAUGAACGAGAGACUUACGCUUAGUCAAAGUAUACCAUUUCUUCAACAUGCUAUACUUGAUUUACCAUCUCCUGAAGUACAUAUGGAAAUAGUAUCCAGGGCUCUGAAGGAAAACGGACUUUUACUCGUCUUUGUGCCAAGCAUCACUCAAAUAACCAAAAUCUCUUUAUCUGCAAAAAAGGGAUUUUCCUUGGUUCUAGAAAAUGUAUUGGAAAUUGGGGGAAUGGUCGGAACCGGAGGCCGAGAAUGGGAUGUGAGGCCAGUGCAACCCAAGGCAUCUUUUAGACUGGCGAUAUCGAGCGCAGAACCAGAUAUUCUCAGACCAUCAAGUUCCGAAGAUUUAGUAGGCCAUUGUGUAAAGCAGGUUCCAGAUUCGGUUGAAAUAGAAGACCUAACUGAAUCUACCGUAAGCUCAGACCCCGAAGAAACAGAAAAAUCUAUUCAGGUUAGUCAAUCAGAAAAUAGUGAGAAUGGAUGGGAAAUAGUAUGUCGACCAAGAGUCGGCGUAAGGGUCACCAACGGCGGUUUUGUUGGCAUAUGGCGUAAAGUAGGCCAUACUCAUUGA